CUCUGAUGACUCCAGAGCCAGUGCUUAAGACAAGACCUAUCAUCAGAGUGGUUCUUGCUCCCCAGUCCAUUGAGGAAUCUGCUGUACCGGGUAUCUAAAGACUAUGUCUCUGCUCCUGAGGAGUAACAGCACAUACAAGCCAGAUGAUGGUGCCACACUACAGUACACGCCAGAAAUCAUUGGUUCCUUAAUUAUCUUCAUUCUCACCUUUAUCCUGGGCCUCCUGGGCAAUGGCUUGGUGAUCUGGGUGGCUGGCCUGAAAAUGAAGCGGACCGUGAACACUGUGUGGUUCCUGCACCUUGCCAUCGCUGACUUCCUGUGCUGCUUGUCUCUGCCAUUCUCCAUCAUUCACCUGAUCCUCCAUGAGUACUGGCCAUAUGGCCGCUUCCUCUGCAAGGUUAUCCCAUCAGCCAUCAUCCUCAACAUGUUUGCCAGCGUCUUCCUCCUCACUGCCAUCAGCAUUGACCGGUGCCUGAUGGUGAUGAAGCCAGUUUGGUGUCAGAACCACCGUAACGUGAGGCUUGCAUCAGUGAUGUGCGGUUGUAUCUGGCUCUUGGCUUUCAUUAUGUGUUGUCCUGCCUUCCUCUACCGUGAGACCUUCGAAGAUGUAUUCGGCAAAACUGUUUGUAGUUAUCAAUUUGGAGAUGAUAGGGAUUUCAUGGAUUAUGGGAAUGAUUCAGCCAUGAGCUCUGGCAUAUCCCCAGAUGAAUAUUCUGUUUUUUUCUCCAGCGGUGAUAUUCCUGGCAGCCUUUACAAUGAUACUGACUUACUGGGGAACUUAAAUGAUGACUUCUCCAACAGCAGUCGGCCAACCACCCUACUGAUCAUCGGUAUUACCAGGAUUGUCUUUGGCUUCCUCCUUCCCUUUAUCAUAAUGACAGUUUGCUACAUCCUUAUAGUCGUCAAGAUGCAUGGAGCCCAAUUUACCAAACCCCGUGGUAAGACACUGCGAGUGAUUCUGGUUGUGGUGGUUGCCUUCUUUGUCUGUUGGGCUCCCUUCCAUGUAGUUGGGGCACUGUCUCUCCUAGCUAUGCCAGGCACUGGAUUUAGGGAGGCAGUAGCACUGUGGGACCACCUCUCUACAGCACUAGCCUAUGCCAACAGCUGCAUCAACCCUUUGCUCUACGUAUUUGUGGGGAGGGACUUCAGGCAGAAGGCACGCCAAUCGGUGCAGGGCAUCUUGGAGGGCGCCUUCAGCGAGGAAGUUACACGCUCCACUUCCUACUCACGGGACAGGACCAAGACUUCAGCAUACAGGGAUAUCAGCAGCAACACCCUCUAAAACGGGGCUUCCAGACAGCAUUACCGGGGCGGGGGCGGUGGGGACAUUUGCACUUUCCAUGGCAGUGACUUUUUGCUUUAGGACAGCAGAGCCAGAACAAUGAGUUUGACAAUUAUCUGUAUGGGAUGCCCAUGGUGACUGGGGCACUUCCAAGCAAGCCAACCUCCCCUUUAAUAGCCUCCUGAAGAGAGGAGAGUUAGACAUGCCAAAAAAAAAAAAAAAAAAAGACAUACAAGGGAGGCAGAGAGCCCACAAUUUGAGAGAGAGAGAAGUGCACUUGUGAGAAGACUAUGUAGUUACUCCUUGACAUUACUAAAUAAGAAUGUGGUUGCAGAAUAUCUAUGUACUACAUUUAUUGAGCAUGUAUCACAUCAUCUCUACCUGCUAAAUUACAGGGAGAAGUUAUUUCGA